AUGAUCGCACUCUUUGUCGCUCUUUACUCUCUGCUUUGUCUCUGCACAGCUGUAAAAACUUCUGACAUCGAGGAGCUUCACGUGAAAACAGUAAAGCAUGGAGAAAAUGUAACUAUGGAGUGUAACAUUAGCAGUGUCAAAGACAAAGAUAAGGUAGUUUGGUACAGACAGAGUUUUCGAAAAUUACCUCAGUUUUUUGCAAAACCAUACAGGAGCAAUUUGAGCUACAAAUUUGCUGAGGGAUUUAAAGUCAGCCGCUUCAGUAUUACUGUAAAUGACCAUAAGUUUGAUCUCAACAUUAAUGGAAUGAUAGAAGAUGAUGAAGGAGAUUAUUUCUGUGGAGAAGUGGAGGGAAAUGGAAUAAAGUUCACAUCUGGAACACGUCUGCAAUAUGAAGGUAAAGAGAUGAAACUCUGUCCUUCACCUGGAACGGUUAACAAGAACACAGAUUCUGGUACACUCCAUUGUUCAGACAGCAGCGAUGGAAAAGGUGCUUCAUCAAGAAAACAUCCAAUUCCCACCAAUCAGGCUGAUGAUGAAGAUGCCUUGAACUAUGCAGCUGUGAGAUUUGCUAAGAAACCUUCAUCCUCCAGAACCUCCAGAGACAAGAGCCAUGAAGACGUUUAUGCACAAGUUAAAAUAAAUUAGAUAAAGUGAAAUGAAUUCAGACUUGAAAAACAAUAUAAAUAUAAUCAUUCAUCCAGUUUGUAGACAGAUGUGUCAUAUUUUAAUCAGACAAAAACCUUUUAUUGCUGUAAGUUUUACCUUCAUUUUCAAACAUGUUUAAUGUACUCUUUUGCUGUACUUGAUGGAUGUAGGUUGUUUUUAUUUAUUUAUGUUGAUCACUUUUAUUUUACUUUUCCAUUUGGGAUGUUUUCUCAGCAUUUUCUCUUAAAAUAGUGCACACUUUUUCUACAAUGUAAAAACAUUUUUUUUUACAUUUUUCUGAAGGUUAAGCUAUCAAGAAAUGGCUCAUGGUACACAACUUUAUUAAACUUUUGUUUUGUAAUUUAUUUUGCUUGGGAGCAUUAUAAAUAUUUAUAUAAAUAUUUUAUAAAUUUUUAUUAUAUAUACAUAUAUUUCAUGCUAAAUCUUGUGAAUAUUGUAGUUACUUUAGAUUAGCUAAAACAUUUUUGUAGCCAGUUCAUCUGUAAACAUGAUACAUUUUCCACUUUUCCAGAAAUACUAAGGGCCUUUAAGUGCAACAGGGCUGAAUAUAAAGACGAGUGGUCACUGCAUUAUUGAUGAAAUUCAACUGCAUAACCUGAAACUAAAUUCCGGAUAAAAACUUCUGUAAAUUAUAUU